AUGGACGAUAUAACCCGGCACAAAGUCUCCAAGGAGACAGAACGUUUUAUCGAGUCUAUCGAUCCUGCUACUAUCUGCGAUUUAGCGUCCUCGUACCACCCAGAAAAACGACGUUGUUGGAUAUUCGAUGAGAAGAAGAAGGGCGGCUUCAAUGUCUGCUUUCCGGUCGAGUUUGCAGGUGGUCAAGAUGGCACGGCUGGCGAACGAUGGAUGGUACGAGUGCCUCUUCUCCCACGGCUGGCCUUCCCGGAGGAGAAAUUUCGCGGCGAAAUUGCUACCAUGAAAUUUAUCGCGGAAAAGACAACAAUACCUAUUCCUCGCCUUAUUGGAUACUCACUAAAUAAAAACAAUCCUCUCGGGACUCCCUUUAUGCUCCUUGAUUUUGUUGAGGGAAAGUCCCUUUUUGGAGUAGAAUUUUGGAAACUUCCCGAAGACGAAAAAAAUCGUUUCUUCUCCAAACUUGGUGAUAUAUAUAUCCAGUUGUCCCGGCACUCGUUUGACCGGAUUGGUGCCCUAACCUUGGACUCCGAUGGAAAUUGGGUGUUUGAUCAUAAUCGGCCGUUGUCAGUCCUGAUGAAUGAACAGUCCCUGGCCGGGCUCGAUCCAUGCCGACACAUUGGGCUAAACCAGACCUUCUACUCUACCAUGGAUUAUAUUUACAUGAUACAUCAGGCACUAUUUGAUGAUUUCUAUAAGGGACGCGAUAGUAUCCAAGGUGAAAAAGAUGCUCGUGCAUAUCUAUACAGCUUGCACGAAUCCCGGCGGUUCUUAAUGGAAUGGGUAGAUCCGGAAUAUAACCAUGGACCUUUCUUCCUCAUGCAUGGGGAUUUACGAUCCGCUAAUAUCCUUGUUGACGAUGACCUCAACAUCGUCUCUGUGUUAGACUGGGAGUGGAGUCACACGAUUCCAGCCCAAAUGUUUGUCCCUCCAUCCUGGCUCAACGGCCUCGAGCUGAUAGGAGCCGCAAAAGACUAUGGUCGACUACUAUACAAAAUGAAUGCGUUUGCCUUACAAAGGGAGACACGCAGGCGUGAGAGGGGAUACUAUCCCGAGUGCCGAGAUAUGCGUAAGCUGCCUCUUGCGAAAAUUUGGGAGAAAAACCUCGAAGGAACAAACCUUUUUAUUGGUCUCGGGAUGCUGCAGCCACGCUAUUUCAGUAAUAUCUACUGGUCUGUUCUUGAGUACAACUAUUACGGAAAGGGCAUAAAUAAUUAUCAAAAGAGGGUGGAUGACUUUUUCAGCCUGGAGAUACAUAAGCCUGAGUUAGAGGCAGUUCAAAAGAAGGUUCAAGAACUCAGUGACUUUAAAAAGGAAUGUGAUACACUUGGUGUUGAGGUAACGGCCUGGAUAGACAAAGAAAGUGACAAGCCCUUGAAAGAAACCCCCGAGAGUGUGAAAAACAGCCCGCCCCCACCGCCAUACCGUCUCAACGUUGAUGCCAACCGCCUUGUGGGACUACUUGAUGUCUCGACUCGCUGGAAAUGUGUCGGGGCUGCUGUUCUUUCGAUUUGUUGCCUUGUGAUUCUGCGGAGGAGGUCGUAA